CGCCGUGGGAAACUCGACGAGCAGCAUGGCCGCAGGGUGUGCGGAGCCUCCGCGGUCCAAGGCGGCCUCUGAGGGCCCGGUGGUGGGAGCCGCCGGCGUCCUGCCCUGCCUGGAGCUGCCGACCUACGCCGCCGCUUGCGCGCUGCUGAACAGCCGCUACUCCUGCCUGGUGGCCGGGCCGCACCGCAGGCACAUCGCCCUGUCGCCGCGCUACCUUAACAGGAAACGCAGCGGCAUCCGAGAGCAGCUGGAUGCAGAGCUCCUGCGCUAUUCCGAAAGCCUUUUAGGUGUUCCCAUUGCGUAUGAUAACAUCAAAGUCGUGGGUGAACUGGGAGAUAUUUAUGAUGAUCAAGGACACAUUCAUCUCAAUAUUGAAGCAGAUUUCAUUAUUUUCUGCCCUGAACCAGGGCAAAAGCUUAUGGGUACAGUUAAUAAAGUGUCUUCCAGCCACAUUGGCUGUUUAGUACACGGGUGUUUCAAUGCCUCCAUCCCCAAACCUGAGCAGAUGCCAGCUGAGCAGUGGCAGACCCUGGAGGUAAACGUAGGUGAUGAACUAGAAUUUGAAGUGUUUCGUUUAGACUCAGAUGCUGCUGGAGUAUUCUGCAUUCGGGGAAAACUAAAUAUCACUAGUUUAAAAACCAAGUGUUCUGCAGUUUCUGAAGAAGUAACAGAAACUGGCACUGCUGAAGAAGCUGUUGACAAACCUCCAAAGAAGAAGAAGAAAAAGAAGAAAGACCCAGAGCCAGAUGAAACAGAAGGUGGUACCACUGAGCUAGCAGAAUUCGCAGCUGUCACCAUGAAAGAAGAGACAGACCUGCAGAUUAAUAACAACAUGAAUGGCUUCCGGGAGGAAGAGCCAAAGAAGAAGAAGAAGAAAAAGAAGAAAGACCCAGAGCCAGAUGAAGCAGAAGGUGGUACCACUGAGCUAGCAGAAUUUGCAGCUGUCACCAUGAAGGAAGAGACAGAUCUGCAGAUUAAUAACAACAUGAAUGGCCUCCGGGAGGAAGAGCCAAAGAAGAAGAAGAAGAGGAAGAAGAAAGACCCAGAGCCAGAUGAAGCAGAAGAAGGUGGUACCACUGAGCUAGCAGAAUUUGCAGCUGUCGCCAUGAAGGAAGAGACAGACCUGCAGAUUAAUAACAACAUGAAUGGCCUCCGGGAGGAAGAGCCAAAGAAGAAGAAGAAGAAGCAGCAGCACCAGGAAGAUCACAACCAGGACCCUGUUUUUCAAGGCAGUGACUCCAGUGGUUACCAAAGUGACCAUAGAAAGAAAAGAAAGCACAGUGAGGAGGCUGAAUUUACCCCACUUUUGGAACACUCUCCUAAAAAGAAAAGGAAAAAAUGAUUUUCUAUAGUACUUUGUAAAUAUGAUUCAGUUUUUAAAAGAUUGAACUGUACAUAGUAGAUGAAAUGUUUGAAUGCUAUGAAAGUUCUCAAAGCAGGAAACUGCUGAUUAGGAGUUGAAUGUUUGGUGUUAAAAUUGCAAAACUGAUCAUUUGGGAAAUGCCAAUAUUGUUAAAGUGCCACAUUUCUGUAUACAGAAUGAAAGGUAAGAGCUGCCCUCAGUCUCAACUCUUGCAUUCUUCCAGUGUUUUCAUUCUAAACAAAAUGUCUUCUACCAUCUCAGUACUAGCAA